CAUACUGCUGCUGUGCUGUAUUCUCCUCCGCGAGAGCGCGCGUAUCCGGUGCACGGGAUAUCCGACCUCACCGGUUAUCCGACCGAUCAAAUCUGCCAUCAUACACAUAUUUUAACGUCACGCGUGUGAUAUCACCCUUAAAGGCGGGGUACUGACCGGCAUCAUCAAAAGUACCGAGUGGCGUUUUGCGCCAUACAUCUCAUUCUUAUUGCAUCUGAACGCUUCUUUAUACCUGACUGAAGUAUGCCAGAGAAAAGAGACAGCGGAACGGCAAAUGCAUCACGGGAUUAUUGAUAUCACAUCGAAUGCGAAUCAACGUAAUUUGGUCUGUGGCAUAAACCUUCAUCCUUAGGAGUGGGUGUACAGGGCUUCUUGAGGAAGCAGACGCAAUGGCCAAUGCCUCAACAGAUCUGGACAAUGCUGAGGCCCAGAGACAACUUAACAACAACAACAGGCCUGCAAGCACAGGAUUCUGGGAAACAGAGACCACCAGUGCCAAACUAUUCGAGUGCUCCCGCAUCAAAGCACUAGCGGAUGAGAGGGACGCAGUACAGAAGAAGACGUUCACUAAAUGGGUGAACUCGCAUUUGUCACGUGUGUCCUGUCGUAUCUCUGACCUUUACAAUGACCUGAGGGAUGGUUACAUGCUUAUCAGACUUCUGGAGGUGCUGUCAGGAGAACUGCUGCCCCGGCCGACGAGAGGCAGGAUGAGGAUUCACUGCUUGGAGAAUGUAGAUAAGGCUCUUCAGUUCCUCAAAGAACAAAGGGUUCAUCUAGAAAAUGUCGGUUCUCAUGAUAUAGUCGAUGGAAACCACCGGCUCACUCUCGGCCUCAUCUGGACCAUCAUCCUUCGCUUCCAGAUCCAAGUGAUAAGGAUCGAGACAGAAGACAACAGAGAAACACGUUCAGCUAAAGAUGCUUUACUGUUAUGGUGUCAGAUGAAAACAGCAGGGUACCCUGAGGUCAACAUUCACAACUUCACCACCUGCUGGAGGGACGGCCUGGCAUUCAACGCUCUCAUUCACAGGCAUAGGCCCGAUUUAAUUGAAUUCCACAAGUUAACCAGAUCCAAUGCGACACACAACCUACAACAAGCCUUCAACAUAGCAGAGCAGAGUCUUGGACUCACCAAACUAUUAGACCCUGAGGAUGUAAACACAGAAAAUCCAGAUGAGAAGUCCAUCAUCACCUAUGUAGUAUCCUACUACCAUUACUUCUCCAAAAUGAAGGCACUUAUCGUAGAAGGGAAGAGGAUUGGUAAGGUGUUGGAUAACGCUAUAGAAGCUGAGAAGAUCAUUCGGCGGUACGAGGCUUUAGCCUCUGACCUGUUGGAGUGGAUUGAGAAAACCAUUGGCAUCAUAAGCAAUCAGAAGUUUGCUAACUCGUUGUCUGGUGUUCAGCAACAACUUCAAGCCUUCACCACAUACUGCACCAUCGAAAAGCCAAUCAAGUUUCAGGAGAAGGGAAACCUGGAGGUGCUGCUUUUCACCAUCCAAAGCAAGCUCAGAGCUAACAAUCAGAAGCCAUAUGUGCCUCAUGACGGAAAACUGAUCUCAGACAUCAAUAAGGCAUGGGAGAGAUUAGAGAAGGCGGAGCAUGAAAGGGGUGUGGCUCUUAGAAAAGAGCUGAUUCGUCAGGAAAAGCUGGAACUUCUCGCUCAACGAUUCGAUCAUAAGACCACUAUGAGGCAGGCUUGGCUAAAUGAAAACCAACGCCUGGUCUCACAGGACAAUUUCGGCUACGACCUGCCAGCAGUAGAAGCGGCCAUGAAGAAACACGAGGCGAUCGAAGCGGACAUCUUGUCGUAUGAGGAACGCAUCAGUGUGGUGUUGGAGCUGGCUUCUGAGAUGGAGUCCGAAAGUUACUACGACAUCCGACGUAUCUCGGCACGUAAAGAAAACAUACUCGGUCAGUGGAAUCUUCUAAAGGAGCUGGUGGUGGGACGGAAAGCCCGUCUGGAGAAGAACCUGGCCCUGCAGAAGACCUUCCAAGAAAUGGUCUACAUGAUCGAUUGGAUGGAGGAAAUGCAGGUUAAGCUGCUGUCUAAGGACUAUGGAAAACACCUUCUCGAGGUCGAGGAUAUGCUACAGAAACAAAGUUUACAGGAGGCCGACAUCGCCAUACAGGCUGAGAGAGUUCAAACGCUCAACACUUCAGCUCUUAAAUUCACCACCAUUGAAGGCUACCAGCCGUGUGACCCUCAGGUAAUAUGUAACAGGGUCAGCCAUGUAAACACCUGCCUGGAAGAGUUAAAGCAGCUGGCCGCUAAGCGUCGCUCAGAGCUUGAAGAUUCGCUCGAGUUGUGGGCCUUCUUCCAGGAGGUGGAGGAAUCAGAGGCCUGGAUCCGUGAAAAGACUUCGAUUUUGGCCACGCAGAGCUGUGGAAAAGACCUGAGCAGCGUCCUGCGACUUCUGCAAAAGCACAAAACUCUGGCCGGGGAACUGCUGGCCCGUCGCGCCCUCCUUCAGCAGACCAUGAAGAAGGGCAAGCAGAUCCUCACCCAGAAGAGCUUCGGCACGGCGGGAAUACAAGAGAGGCUGAUGGAAACCAAGGUGGAGUGGAAGAGAUUAGAAGAGCAUGCGGCACAGAGGCUGUGUAACCUGCAGGAGGCGUUAGACUUCUUUCAGUUCAGCACCGAGACGGAUGAUCUGCUAGCUUGGCUACAAGACAUCUACAGACUCGUUUCCAGUGAGGACUUCGGGCACGAUGAGUACUCGACGCAGUCUCUCCUUAAAAAGCACAGAGGCGUGCGAGACAGUAUCGACAAACACCGCGUGCACGUUGUGGGCCUUCGAAAACACAUGGUGGCGCUGCCGUUGCAUUACCGGGAGCUGGACGAGGUGCGAACGCGCAUGUCGGAGACGGAGCAGCUCUACGCAGAGGUGGCGGAGGUCGCCGUGUUGAGGCAGCAGUGGUUGCACGAUGCAUUGGCUGUGUAUCGCAUGUUCAGCGAGGUGAACGCCUGUGAGGUGUGGAUUGAUGAGAAGGAGCAGUGGCUGAACAAAAUGGAUGUUCCAGAAAGACUAGAGGACGUGGAGGUGGUGGCACACAGGUUUGAAAGCUUGGACCAGGAGAUGAACAGUCUGAUGGGAAGGAUACUUGAUGUGAAUCAGAUUGUCCAGCAGCUGUUAGACAGUGGUCACCCCAGCUCUACUGAAGUCAGGGGUUGCCAAGACCACCUUAACAGCAGGUGGAACCGAAUCGUUGAGCUGGUUGAGCAGAGGAAAGAUCACCUGGACUCAAUCUUGCGUAUCCAGAACUACCUCCUGGAAUGCACGGAGAUCAAGUCCCAGAUUCAGGAAAAACGGAAAGCCAUAGAUGCCACACAAUACUUGGGCAGUGACCUGGGCAGCGUGCUGGCCCUGCAGCGUCGUCUCUCCACCAUGGAGGGUGCUCUCUCGGUUCUUGAGCCUAAACUCAUUCACCUUCAGGAGGAGGCGGAGGAUCUCGCGACGUCCCAUCCGGGAAAGGCGGUGGACAUCCUGGUGCCUUUUGAGGGCAUCAGCGUAGAGUGGGAAGAACUAAAGCGUACCUUGCAAGGAUGUGAAGACUCCUUAACCGUCGCUGGACACCUGCAGCAGUUCAUCCAAGACUUGGACUCGUUUCUUACCUGGUUGGUGCAAACUCAGACCGCUGCUGCUUCAGAUGAGCUUCCCAAUGCUUUGGAGGAUGCAGAGCGGUUGAUAAACCAACAUGCAGCGCUUAAGGAGGAGAUAGGGAGAUAUGAAGAAGACUAUGAACGUCUUCAGUCUGUGAAUGAGCUCCUGGAGUCCGAGGAAGCGCCGUUACCUCAUGGAGCUCUGCAGCAGUGGCUACACAAACUGGAUGUGGGUUGGAACAAGCUGCUGGAGAUGUGGGAGAGCAGGAGGGAGGUGCUGGUUCAAGCUCAUAUCUUUCAUCUCUUCCUGAGGGACGUCAAGCAGGCAGAGUCCUUCCUCAAUAACCAGGAGUCAGCAUUGGCUCAUGUGGAGCUCCCCACCACAGUGGAGACAGUAGAGGCAGCCAUAAAGAAACACAAGGACUUCACCACCACCAUGGAGCUCAACCUGCACCGCAUUAAAGCUGUCAUAGAGGCCGGAGAGAGUCUCAUCAGUCAAAACAACAUCUAUUCAGAGCGGAUCCGAGAGAGAGUGGACCUGCUUGCUAACAGAGGAAACCAGAACCGUAACCUUGCUCAGCAGUGGCUUAAUAAACUAAAUAUCCAGUGGGAGCUUCAGAGAUUUCUGCAAGACUGCCAUGAGAUUGGUGACUGGGUGGCAGAAAAGAUGCUAAUGGCCCGCGACACCUCUCGUGACGAGACGCAGAAACUUCAUAAGAAGUGGCUGAAACAUCAAGCCUUCAUGGCAGAACUCGCUCAGAAUAAAGAAUGGCUGGACAAGAUCGAAAACGAGGGCCAGCGGUUAAUGCAAGAGAAACCAGAGCUGAGCACUCUGGUCAAGAAGAAACUGGAAGAGAUCCGUGAGUGCUGGCAGGACCUCGAGAGCACCACCCAAGCCAAAGCCCGACAGCUGUUUGAGGCCAACCGGGCCGAUCUGCUCAUCCAGAGUUACUCCAGCCUGGACCAACGGCUUGAGAAUCUCGAGGGACAGCUGGCACACGUGGACUACGGCCAGGAUCUGACCACUGUUAACAAGCAGCUAAAGAAACUACAGUCAAUGGAGUGUCAGGUGGAAGAGUGGUAUAAAGAGGUAGGGGAACUGCAGGCCCAUGCAGCCUCCAUCCCUCAUCAGGGUGAGAUCAUAGAAAAGGUGUCUGAGAAACAGAACGGUGUGGAAACACGAAUCGUGCGACUGAUAGAGCCUUUGAAAGAGAGACGCCGUAUCCUACUUGCUUCUAAAGAAGUGCACCAAGUAGGCCGUGACCUUGAGGAUGAGAUCUUGUGGAUUCAGGAGCGUCUUCCAAUGGCCACCUCUCAGGAACAUGGAACGAGUUUACAAGCUGUACAGCAACUCAUGAAAAAAAAUCAAAGUCUGCAAAGAGAGCUUCAUGGUCAUCGUGCACGGGUGGAGGACGUUCUCGAGCGAGCUGGGGUGAUCGCGUCUAUCCGCAGUCCAGAGGCAGACAGCAUCAGAGCGGGUAUGGAGCAACUUCACCACCUGUGGGAAGGGCUCUGGGCGGAGACGGAGCGCCGGCAGCUCACGCUGGAUGCCAUGUACCAGGCACAGCAGUACUACUUUGACGUGGGAGAGGUGGAGGCUUGGCUCAGUGAGCAGGAGCUGCACUUGAUGAACGAGGAGACGGGAAAGGAUGAAGCCAGUACUUUGCAAUUGUUGAAAAAACAGCUGGCAUUGGAACAAACUAUAGAGGACUAUGCUGAGACCAUUGGACUGCUCUCUCAGCAGUGCAGACAGCUGCUGGAACUGGGACAUCCAGACUGUGAACAGAUCAGCAAGCGUCAGUCUCAGAUCGACAGACUGUAUGUGUCUCUGAAAGAUCUUGUGGAGGAGAGGAAGUCUCGUCUGGAGCAGCAGUACUGGCUUUAUCAGCUCAACCGGGAAGUGGAUGAACUUGAGCAGUGGAUAGCAGAGAGGGAAGUCAUCGCCAGCUCCACUGAACUCGGGCAGGACUUUGAACAUGUUACGAUUCUGCAAGAGAAAUUUACAGAGUUUAUGGCAGAGACGGGAAGCCUGGGGCAGGAGAGAGUCACAGCUGUUAACCAUAUGGUCGAUGAGCUCAUAGAUUACGGCCAUGCGGAUGCCGCCACCAUCGCCGAAUGGAAGGAUGGAGUGAACGAGGCCUGGGCAGAUCUGCUAGAGCUGAUGGAGACGCGUGGACAGAUGCUUGCAGCCUCACACCAGUUACACAAGUUCUUCUCAGACUGCCGAGAGGUGUUAACACAGAUUGAUGAAAAGCAACGGAGAUUACCAGAGGUUCGAGCUUGUCAAGGUGGCACAUCAAAUACCAGCACUCUUCAGAGACUUAUGCAGACUUUUGAACAUGAUAUUCAGCUACUUGUUGCACAGGUCAGACGGUUACAGGAGGGCGCAGUACAGCUCAGAACAGUGUAUGCUGGGGAAAAAGCAGAAGCCAUUGCCAUGCAGGAACAGGAAGUGAUGCAGACGUGGAAAGAGCUGCUCAAAUCUUGUGAGGACUGCCGGAUGCAGAUUACGACAGCAACAGACAAGCUACGUUUCUUUGGGAUGGUACGUGAUCAGCUGAUGUGGAUGGACAGCAUCAUCUGUCAGAUAGGAGCUGGAGAGAAACCAAGCUCUUUCCUCAGAGCUUUAAUGGGAUAUGGACUCUCUGGUGCUUGCAGGGAUGUGUCGUCUGUGGAGGUUAUGAUGAACUAUCACCAGAGCCUUAAGAGCGAGGUGGAGGCGCGCAACAAGAGCGUCCUACAGUGUAUCGAGAUGGGCAAGACCUUACUGGCCGCUCGUAACCCUGCAUCAGAAGAGAUCAAAGAAAAGCUGGAGAAGGUUUUAGCCAAGCAGAGAGAGCUCACUGAGAAAUGGGACAAACAUUGGGAGGAGUUACAGCACAUGUUGGAGGUGCAUCAGUUUGCUCAGGAGGCAGUGGUAGCAGAGGCCUGGCUCCAAGCUCAGGAACCCUUUAUCAAUAGUAAUGAACUGGGCGGCAGUGUGGAUGAGGUGGAGCAGCUGAUUCGCAGACACGAAGCCUUUCGCAAAGCUGCUGCCACAUGGGAGGAACGCUUCAGCUCCUUACGACGACUCACCACGGUAGAGAAGAUAAAGGCGGAGCAAAACAAGCUUCCUCCAACUCCUUUACUAGGACGCAAAGUUUUUUUGGAUCCUCAGGACUCCUCUCCUGGCCGCAGCAGCCCUUCCUCUCUAAUAAGACAAACCAUCUACGAGCAGGGUGAGCCCCGGGUGGAGCGUAUCACCCCUCAACCCUCUCCAUCUUCUGUGCUCCGCAGGCUGGGUUCCACUGUGGCCAACUACACACCCAUCAUGAAUGGAGCUUCUGCUUAUCGCAUUCACGAAGCCAGGAAUGUUAGUAUUAUUGGUGUGGGUCCAGGACUGGGAACUGCCGUGGAUCAUAACGUCACUCAGUUGCGGGACGAAUUCAAGGCCCAAGCCCCGCUGAUAAAGAUGGAACAUGUUCACGAGGUGGUGCACCCCCUGCUGGACAGAGAGCGGGAACGGCAUCCCGAGAACGUGAUGGCUGAGGUGGUGCUCCAAGAGCCAGGCGGAGGAAGGGUCCGCCUUAACAGCGGGCCAGGAGGGAGCGGGAGCAGUCGUUCAGAGCUGCUGGUGGAGCAACAUCCACCUCCAAGGGAGUCACGGUUGGAGAGGCAGCUGUCUAGUGAGCAGUUGAUUCAGGCACGCAGAGACGAGCUGCCUCAGGAGGUGUGGAGGGAACGAGCUGAGAGAGCAGAGAGAAGGCUGGAGAGACAAACGUCCAGUGAACAGGAGGGAUUUGAGGUACGGCGGCGAGACAGACAUCGACUAGAGAGACAGGGGAGCAGUGAGCAGGAGGGCAAGGAGCAGUCGGACCGACGAUCUGGUGGUGGUGAUAAAAAGUCCACGCUAGCUGAGAUUGUGGAGCAGCUUCAAGAAAGAGAAGCAGCACAGGCCCGAGGAGAGAUUCCACGUCUACCCAAUGGUUUUCCUGAGAAGUCGUCUCGACCAGACCGGCCACGGGCUCGCGACAGACCAAAACCGAGAAGAAGACCACGACCCAAGGACGCAUCGGCUGGUGAAACACGUCGCUCAAGGUCUGCCCCGGCUCAGAGCAGCCCAGCGGUACCCCUGCCUCUAACCCACACCGCCCAACACGAAGGCUUUCUCUUCCGCAAAGUAGACAUUGAUGGCCAGAAGAAAAGUUCAAACAGCAGAUCCUGGGUGAACCUGUACUGUGUGUUAAAUAAAGGUGAACUGGGCUUUUAUAAGGAUGCAAAGAACACCACCACACCUUAUAACAACGAGCCACUUAUCAACUUGAGCCGUUGUGCCUGUGAUAUCAACAUUGGUUAUAAGAAGAAGAAAAAUGUCUUUACACUCAAAACUAAAGAUGGCAGUGAACUCCUUUUCCAUGCUAAAGAUGAGGAUGAUAUGAAGAGCUGGAUCACAGGUAUAACGGCUAGUAUAAACGAGUAUGAAGACGUUACCAAACAGGGACAGACCAAUCCAACUACCUCAUCCACCGACGAGGGAACGCGCAGAGAAGGCAGCAGGGCAGGCAGCAGGGCAGGGGGAUCGGAGAGAGGUGAAAGGUCUGACAAAGCCGAUGGAGGAUCUGUGCGUUCAGACAAAGGGGAAAAGCCUGAAAAAAAGACAGGCAAGAAGAAAUAAGGCACUCCACAGCACCCAGUCAGUCUCUGUGAGACAGAGACCAGAACUUGACAAAAGCAGAAAAGUGCUCUGACAGAACCGAGAAUCAAAGGCGUCACUGUGAACUCCCUUCAUGUCUUGCUGUCCAGCUGCGUAUGGAAUCAGUCGGCACUGAGGUGCACCGAACUCUGCCACGUGUCAGAGAGCGCCCUCUAGUGUCUACUGAUGACCAUGUCCUAUUCAGGAGCUCCAUAGGGCCAAAGGAGCUGAUAGCAUAGGCAAAUGGAGUAUAAAAGAGAAAGAUGUUGUGGUCAAGUAGCUCAUGAAGAUUAUUUUCUAAUCUGUUUGUGAAAAAGAUGAUCCAUAUGUACAUGUACCCGUCACUAUUUGUAUAUUAUACGUCUUAACGCCAGUUCUAUACAAUCUCACGCUAAAGAGAAUGAAAAUAUGCCAAAAUCUUUCUCAAGGUUGGUCUUUUUCUGAAGAGCAUGUCUCUUUGUUUUGUAAGUUGUUUUGCUCUUUUAUACUAUUAAUGUAUUGAUUUGUAUUUAUUGGCUCUUCCACACAGUUUUUGAUUAUAGUCUCGCCACUUUGUAGACGACAACUUCAUCAAACGCCAUAUCCGAGCAUGCCUAUACAAUUUAACGUUAAAAUAGAGGUCUGGUAAAAAGAGAAACAGCUUGUGAGCGUGUAUUCUCAAAUCUUAUUUUGAAGAAGAUAUCAAUCAUCAGUAUCAUAUUAUGCAUUAAAUGUAAAAUGUUAUGUUUAUUUGCUGUUGCGAUCAGUAAACCAAAUCCAGCUUGGUUGUACGUGUGUUUGUGUUUCUGCACGUGUGUACGCUAUACCCACUGCAUCUGACAUCCUGCUAUUUUGAACACAAGAUUGUUUACAUCUUUAUUUGUAUUUAAAAGUCUUCCAAGCACAGAACUGAUUCUGAAUGUUUUUUUUUAAUCGGCAUAUCCUGCUUCCCUUAACAUAAUUUUAAACAUUGCACUCAUGGCUAAAAGGAUACAGGCUUUGUAAUGUUACACUGAAUUUAAUGUAAAUGUUAUUCUAGUAAUAGUCUUCCCUGACUGGUUUAAUAUUUUAUUUUGUGCUCCACCACUGUAUGGUUGUCUUAAAAUGUUAGUUUUGCAGGUAAUAGUAUAGAAAGCCCGUAGCUAGCAAAAAAUGCAAGAUAUAGUCAAAUGUUAAGUACAUGCUUUAAACAACUCUGCAAACAGUGGCACAAGUCAAAUUCAGUUGUUAUUACUGUUGUUUUAAUAUUUCAUCGCAUUUGAAAUUAAUGCAUGACAUUGUGGCUUCAUGAUGACAUGCAAUUUGUUUUAGUGCACACAAUACAGGGUUGAAGCAGAACAGCGUGUUAAAGGGAAACAUAAUCAUUUCAGGUAUCAUGUUUGUGCCUCAAUGUCUACAUCUUAAAAAUCUGUCUGUUUUCAGUCUUUAAUGCAUUGUGUGUUAAUGUAAAAAUGCUAAAUGAUGUUACAAGCAAUGGUCGUCUUUCUAAUCUUUCUGUAAACCAAUCACUGAGAGGGAGAUAAUGUUCAUGUAUGAUUUUUUUAAAAUCAGUAUCAAUAAGUUAGUCUUCUGUCUGUAAGUUUGUUUUUCUUCUUAUCCAAACAGAGCAUUGUGCAAAUGCUUUUGUAAUGUACCAUGUUCUGCCAAUAUUUUGAAAUAUACAAUGGUCAGCUUCAUUUCUCUAUACGGUCUCAAAGCAUUUGAUAUAUAUCUAAAGAGCUUUGUGUCUGUGUCUGAAUUUCCUUUCCUUUGCACUCCCUUGGUUUUGUCUCCAAGUCUAAUUUUUGGUACAAAAAGAAAUCCUAUUUUUAUGCAAUAGUAUAACAUAUACAGAGGCAGAGGGUAUGUAGUGAAAGUAUCCAAUGUGGUGGUCAGCAGAAAUUAUCUAUACACUUGCAAGUAGAAAAUUUAUGCAACUUUUCCUUUGCACUAAAUUACUGCCCCAUUGCACAGUGCUAUUGUGAGCGGAGGAUUGGUGCUUGAGGGUCUGGGAUGAGAUCAUUUCAAUCAGUAUUUCUACAAAAAGUGUUAAUACUUGCACAUGCUCACAAACACACAUGCAGUUUUCUGUCAGUGAGAGACUCAACAUUACAGAUCUUCUGAGAUGUAAUUCAAAGCACGGAUUCUUUGCUUUCUUAAAAGGAUUAUUUAAAAACCCCAGAGCCUUCUGAUUUUUAACAUUCACUAUUAAAACAUUUUUUUAUGUAAUUAAAUCCAAAAUGGAUCUGAUCAAUUUAAUUAAUAAAGCACAAUCCCAAUUUUAACCACUUAUGGUUUAAUAGCCUUAACAGACUUCUUUAAAUGUUUAGGUUCACUGGCAUCUGUAUAUUCUUAAAAGUUAAUUUCUUUUUAUAUACAGUAUAAAAUUAUAUGGGUUUUAUAUAUAACACUCACAGUAAUUUAUUGCAUUUAAAUGUUUGGGUACAGCUGAAACACACUCCUCAAAUCCUGUCUAUAGUGUCAGACCCCUAAGCACCACUGGUUUUAGCUCAGCAGUUCAACAACAUGUACAAUUGUAAUUGCUGCUGUAAAAAUGGGGUAGAUGGGGAUAUAUCUACCGAAAACAGGAAACCCAUGGGCAAUUCGGGUUGCAUGAAUAACAUUGUCUUGUUAUGGCACUGCUGUGCAUGUUGAAAACCUCAUUCUCACUCACAGCCACUGUACAAGGGUGACACUAAUACACAUGGAAACAGUGAAUGAAUCAAUGCUGUGUAAUUCAGAUCCUGACUGAUUCUGUACAGUUAAUUCCUUGAUAAAUACAGCUUGUGAUAUGUCAAAUGUCUUGCUUU